AAGUAGUUACCUUAAUGUCCACACUCAAAACAGGAAAACACGUUUAGGGUACAAAGGUUUGGUGCAAGAAAACGAAAGCAACAGCAACAUACUGUACAGACCUGUCGGUGUAAUUUAGCAUUUUAUUAAGUAAAUAACAAAUAAUUAUUCAUUAUUUUCAGGUUUUGAGAUGUAAUUGGUAGCUUGUGAAACAGACCUGAGGAAUAAUGAUCAACAUUCAUUCAGCGACGUGUAUUUGUGUGACUCUCCUGACUGUCUACAACUUUAUGGAAUCUCAAUCCGAACAAUUACAGGUGGUUGGUCCAAAAGAGCCUCUCGUAGCUGUAGCUGGUGAAGAUCUGGUUCUGCCCUGUUUUAUCAAACCCAUCACCAGUGCUGUGGACAUGACAGUGGAGUGGUUCAAACUCUAUGUAGAAGACUCAUUAGUGCAUCUCUUUAGGGAUCAUGAAGACAAAAAUGAAGCUCAGGCUCAGUCCUAUAGAGGAAGAACAUCACUGUUUAAAGAGGAGCUACAGAAAGGCAACGCUUCACUCAAACUCUCAGAUCUCAGAGUCUCUGAUGAAGGAGAAUAUAAGUGUUUUGUUGAGGACAAAUCCUGGUACGAUGACAUCACUGUGAAGGUCAUUGUAGAGGCUCAGGGAAGCCACCCGGUGAUAAUGAUGGAGAGUUUUGAUAACUCAGGAGGGAUUAAUCUAGUGUGUGAGUCCAGAGGCUGGAACCCUGAACCUGAUGUUCUGUGGCUGGACAGAGAAGGAGUCACUCUGACUGCUGAAGAUACACAGAUACACAGAGACACUGAGGGCUUCAGUGUGAAAAGCCGCAUCGCUAUUUAUGAUUAUAGCAACUCUAACAGGUUUUACUGCAGACUUCAGCAACAACAUCACAUGAUGGAGACAGAGAUUAUCAUCAAUAGUGAAGUCUUUGGUGUUUGGAAGUGGGCUGUCAGCAUUUCAGUUGUAACAUGUCUUUUUCUUGUUGGAUUGAUACUAACUCUGCUUUUUGGCUACAAGAAAGCCUCAGAACGUCAACAGGAGAAGCAACAUGCAGUACUUCUAAAGAAGAAGAUGUUUAGAGAACAAUUACAGGUGGUUGGUCCAGAAGAGCAUCUUGUUGCUGUAGCUGGUGAAGAUUUGGUUCUACCCUGUUUUAUCAAACCUAACACCAGUGCUGUGGACAUGACAGUGGAGUGGAUGAGAAUAGAGGAAGUGGCUUCAUUAGUGCAUCUCUAUAGGGAUCAUGAAGACAGAAAUGAAGAUCAGGUGCAGUCCUACAGAGAUAGAACAUCACUGUUUAAAGAGGAGCUACAGAAAGGCAAUGCUUCACUCAAACUCUCAGCUCUCCGACUUGCUGAUGAAGGAGAAUAUAAGUGCCUCAUUGAGGAAAAAUCCUGGUAUGAUGACAUCACUCUUCAUGUUAUUGUUGAGGCUCAGGGAAGCCACCCAGUGAUAAUGAUGGAGAGUUUUGAUAACUCAGGAGGGAUUAAUCUAGUGUGUGAGUCCAGAGGCUGGAAACCUGAACCUGAUGUUCUGUGGCUGGACAGAGAAGGAGUCACUCUGACUGCUGAAGAUACACAGAUACACAGAGACACUGAGGGCUUCAGUGUGAUAAGCCGCAUCACUAUUUAUGAUUAUAGUGACUCUAACAGGUUUUACUGCAGACUUCAGCAACAACAUCACAUGAUUGAGACAGAAAUUAUCAUCAAUAGUGGAGUCUUUGGUGUUUGGAAGUGGGCUGUCAGCAUUACAGCUGUAGCAUGUGUUUUUCUUGUUGGAUUGAUACUAACUCUGCUUUUUGGCUACAAGAAAUCAUCAGACCUUCAGCAGGAGAAUCACCAUCUAGCCUCAGACCUUCAACAGGAGAAGCAAUAUGUAGAACUUUUAAAGAAGAAGACGUGUAGAGUGGAUGUGACUCUGGAUCCUGAUACAGCUCAUCCUCAACUUACCGUGUCUGCUGAUCGAAAACAAGUGACACAUGGAGACACACGGCAGAAUCUCCCUGAUUCACCACAAAGGUUUAAAUAUCCCUCUGUUGUGGGACAGCAGAGUUUCUCUACAGGGAGAUUUUAUUAUGAGGUGCAGGUCAGUGGGAAAACUGAGUGGACAUUAGGAGUCGUGAAAGAGAACAUUAACAGGAACGAGUGGAUUGCACGAAAUCCUCAGAAUGGAUUCUGGACUAUAGGACUAAGGAAUGAGUAUCAGUGCAGUGCUUAUGAUAUUCCCCCUGUUCCCUUCACACUGAGAGAGAAGGUGGAGAUUGUGGGGGUGUUUGUGGAUUAUGAGGAGGGUCUGGUCUCCUUUUAUGAUGUGAAGCCUAGAUCUCAAAUCUACUCUUUCACUGCUCAGUCUUUCUGCUUAGAGAAACUCUAUCCAUACUUCAGUCCUCGAUACAAAGAAGAUGAUAGAAAUUCAGCACCACUGAUCAUCUCUGAUGUUACUGAAUAAAUAUCUGCUUUAAAUUCUAUAACAUUUUAAACCUUUUUCAUCUUGAUAUAAUUAUCUGUUUAUUUAUUUUAAUUUUAGAUAAAUGUAAAAUUAAACAUAGAGUUUUUUAAGAAUUGUGUUUAAGUGAACACUAAUAAUAUACUUGUGUGAAAUCAGCAAAUAAAAUCAGAUUAAAGCCUUUAUUAGAUUUCUUGAAAUCCUGUGAAUACACAAGGAUGUUAGUGGCUUAUUUAGAGUUUAUGUGCUGUUAAUCUGAUUCCUUUUAGAAACUCAGAAAUAAUGAAAGGAUUUAGAUACAUCUUGAAGCUAAAUUAGACACACCAGUGAAGCUUCCAUCUCGGAAAAUGCUACUUUAUUUGUUCACUUUCUAGCUCUUUCACUUGAGUUGAUGUUAAAUAAUAUUAUUUCCACCACAAACAAGUGGUGUUUUCAGGUUAAGAUUCGGGUUAGUUUUCAGGUUAAGAUACUGUUCAGUGAUUAUUUUCUCCUCAACAUGAUGUCAGUUUUUAGUGAAUGUACUUAAUAUUUGAUAAAUGUUUAGUAAAGUUUGUUUUGUGAUUGGAUGUGUGGAUGUCUUUGAAUUAGAGCUGAAUCUCUCCACAGACCUGCAGUUUUAACCUGGAGGAUUUGGGGGAUUCACUAACAUACCUGUAGUCAGUAACUGUGACUACAUUUGUCAUUUAAAGAUUUGUUAUAUUGCUGAAUGUUUUUUUAUGGAGAAGAUACAGGUUUUUUUUUAUUGUUUUUUUUUUUAAUUAAAGUUUUAUUCUCUUUCUUUUUCGUUGCACCAGUGAACAUAAACAAUAAUAUGGAGGAUUGUCUCUAGAUCCAUUAUGACCUUAUAACAGGCCAGUGGAGGUCACUGUGACUGACAUACUGGCUGUAGUUCACUCCACUUGCAUCUGAGUCACUGUACAACCUUCAUUAGAGUGGCUUAACAACUAAACACUGUGUUUGGGAAAAUGACUAAGAAAUCGCUAUUGAUCAUUUUAUAAGUAAUAAACUGACAAAAAUUACAUAAUGACAAACCUCACAGCUUUCCUGCAGCACUGAGUACUUAUCUAAGUUUUCCUAUGACCAGAGCUGUUCUGUGCUAAUUACCUAGCUACACACCUGAACACUGUAAUUCUAGCCCUUGAUUUUGUUCCAUGUUGUGUCCUUUCAAUGUUGUGUCCAUUUAACACAGUAUAAAUAAAUAAA